UGUCAGCACACCCCAGCCAGCCAAAUUUGGGCUCCGCUCCGAGGAACCCGCGCCGCCGCUCGCCGGCCGCAACGGUGCAAACCGCCUCGCGCGCGUCUCCUUACUAAGGCCGCUGCGCGACGCGGUAGACGAGGCCAUCCAUCAUUUCAUGCUCCGGUUCCCCCACCCGCGCGCGCUCUCCCUCCCCUUCCAUGGGGUGCGCGGCGUCGAGCGACAGGGCUGAGCGGCGGCGGCGAGGGCGGGCGCUGGGGUACAGCGAGGCGUCCACCACAGGGCUGCUGGCGGUUCGGCAGCAAGGCCAGGAGGCGGGGUCUGUGACAGCGGCCGCAGGAAGGAGGCGAGGGUGCAAGGUGGUGCCGGAGCCCAAGGAGGAGGAACCGGCACCGGCGCUGACGAUGCCCGGCUCUCCCAGCUUCAGGUACUACUGCCAGAAGACGGCGGCCGUAGACGCUUUGGUUGCCGACGCCGACGCCGACGGCAACGAUAGCGACGGCUCCGUCAGAAUCACGGAGACGUCUCAGGCGCCGAAGACGAACCAACUCACGGUGAAAGGCACCACAAAGAAACACACGGUUAUCGAGGUGUCCAAACCUAAAGAGGCAACCAGGUGGCUAAGGUUCAGGGGCUUGGCGAUUGUCGCGGCUGCUUGGUACAACCUGUUCAGCCGCCACAGCAGCAAAACGGCUUCGCCGCCUCCGGCUGCCGCGGCCGCAAAAUCUCAUCCUCCCUGCCCUGCUCCAGCCCCUGCUGCUCCUACAAGAUCCCAUCCCUGACCAGGCAGCGCUCUGUGGGAUCUUUUACAUAUUACUACGUCUCAGCUUGUAAAAACAUGGCUGAUUCAGUCAUCGUUUAUGAUGCUAGCUUUGCAUCAUUUGCUGUUUUUAAUCUUGGUUGUUGCUUGUAAGCUAACCCUGUAAUUGAGAAAUUGAUUCUGUAAAUGAUGUAAGGGGCAUCAGCACCGGACUGCUCCUGUUGACCAUUAGAAGGCAAUGCAAAUUAGUUUUCAAAAAGAGAGCAACAAUAC